GCUCACAGGCCAUGGCUCGGCUCAGAAAACACUCGCCAUGGAUUGAGCACCGCCAUGAGCGGUGAUGUCGAGCUGGUGAGUCGGGUCGGCAAGCCAUGAUCUUCUAUGACAACAAGAGCUUCCGUGCUCUCUGCACGCUGCGGGGCUCCGUGUUCCCAAAGGCCAGCCUCUACGCGCUGCCAUUCGCGCUCCUUGCUGUGGUCCUAAAAUGGCUAUCCAGCGACGGGCACAUUAACCUUGCUGACUUGGAUCUCAUUUCGGACGGCUCCGUCUACAGUGCCUUCACCUUUGUGCUGAGCUUCACCCUAGUUUUCCGCUGCCAACAGGCGUACCAGAGGUACUUCGCAUCUGCAAAGGCUAUGCACAUGAUGAGCUCAGAGUGGAUCGAUGCCUGCGGCAGCUUGAUGUCCUUUGUCAAGAUGGCACGGAAAAGCGAAGGAGAGAAGAUGCAAUGUGAGGCGGUUCUAGUUAGACUGUUCUGCUUGCUGCACGCUCUCGCGAUGGAAGAGCUGUGCAACCUUGCCGAAGAGAACUUUGGGCUUUUGGACAUCGAGGCCUUCCCGAAGCUGGACCUGGCGGUGCUGCAUGAUUCGCGCAUGCCCACAUCGCAUAAGACGCAUGUUGUCCUGAUUUGGAUCAAAUUCUUCAUUGUCCAAUGCGAGUACACGGGACUGCUGCCAGUACCUGCGCCCAUUCUCACGCGAGUCUACCAAGAGAUUGGUGCUGGCAUGGCUGAAUUUCAUGAUGCGCAAUGCAUCAGCAUGUGGCCUUUCCCGUUUCCGUAUGCGCAGCUCAGCAUGUUCCUCAAGGUGCUUCACAUGCUGAUCACUCCUUUUGUCAUGGUCCAGUACUGCGACAAGAUUUGGUCUGCUGGCGGAUUUACUUUCGUCUCUCUGGUUUGCAUGUCAGCAUUGAACAUCAUUGGUGUGGAGCUAGAGAAUCCCUUUGGCGACGACCCCAACGACUUGCCUGCCAAUGAAACGCACAACGAUUUCCGGGAGAGCUUGCUGACAUUGACGGAUCCAGCAGUUUGGCGCGUGCCUGGCCUGCUGCCCACCGCAAAGUUAGACUUCAGGCAGCUACAAGCGGCGAACAGCACGAGCCUUUCGAGAUAUUUGAAUGGUCUUGACGUGUUGAAGGAGGCGAAUGCAAAGGAGGCAAAGGAGCUUGAGGAGAUCGGGGAGAUUGAUAAGAUGCGAGACAAGACGCAAGAGACGCGAGGUCCAGGUCCAGGUGGUCCAGGCGGUCCAGGUUCAGGUCCAGAAGAUCCCUGGGUAUUGGAGGAAUGGCUGCGACGUCAAACAGCGUUGCUGGAGAAUUUCCUCGCAAAGCAGAACGACAUGCUGGAGCAGCAUGCCCUUGCCAUGAGGUGUGCGAGCUUGCCAAAGGAGCAAGCCGCGGCUUCGGUCUUUGCCGCGCCCAAGGAGCAAAGUCUCUGCGGCUGCAGCGUGCAGCCGAGGCGGAGGUGACUCCAUGUGAAUCGAGCCCGCUGGAGACUGGCUAUGUGGUGGAUCCCUGCACCUCUCCCAGGACUUGUGACCGCUCUACUCAAAAGAUGUAUGACCUUCAUGAGACAUUGCCGCUGCAAGACUUCAAUCCGAGGCGACAUGUCUCCGUCACAUUACUUGGACAGUUAGUGUCGGCCCCAACAGCAGUUUUCGGACUCUCAAGAAGCCUGAUAGGUGCCAUUGCCAAAGCUUGCAAAGACAGUUGUUGUGCCACUGGUCUUGCAGCGAUGCAUGGAGGGCGGAGGUCAGCUCCAGACAGUCGGCAGAGAGCCGGAUGUCCGGGAAGAACUUUCUCGUUGCUUGAGCGCUUGACAGAGCAGCCAUGUUUCACGCGCCCCAGCGGCAGCUCCGGACA